AUGACGAGGCUGUGGCUGUGCGUGGUGCUGGGGCUCGUCGCCCUCGCGGCCAGGCGCGGCAGGAAGGGCUUUCGGCCGGCGCCGUAUCCCACAAUCACCAACAGGACCUUUAUCAACCAGUAUCUGGACGCCCACAACAGACUCCGCUCCGCAGUCACCCCCACCGCCUCCAACAUGCUCUAUAUGACAUGGGAUCUAGCUUUAGCUAAAACAGCUAGAGCAUGGGGACAAAGAUGCAUUUUUGAGCAUAACCAUUUAAGGAUGAAAAAAGGAGGCGGCCAUCCUGAUCCUAAAUUUAAUCCUCCUGGAGAAAAUAUAUGGUAUGGAAAUGCCCGCAGAAGACCAUUUAAUUUUACUGGAGCCAUGAAUGCAUGGUACUCAGAGGUGAUUUUCUACAAUUACCAAAACAACUCAUGUACACAACUAUGCAUGGAUUAUUUUCAGCUUGUUUGGGCUACUACUUAUAAGGUUGGCUGUGCUGUUGUUUUCUGCCGUAAACUGGAUCGCCAUAGAAAUAUUGAAAAUGUAGUGUGCAAUUAUGGUCCACCGGGCAACUACCGAAUGAGACCUUAUGAAUCAGGACGGCCAUGUAGCACAUGCCCAGAAGGAGACACUUGUCACAAUAAUCUCUGUAGAAAUCCUGAGCGUGAAGAUGAAAACAUCAAGCGCUAUGCACGAUGGUUUCCACCGUGGGAACACCGAAUUAAGUGUGAUGAAUACUGUAUUGCUGUUGCAGUUUUAAGACCAUCAGUAAUGCUUCUAGCAUUUGGAGCGGUUUACUAUUUACAACAACGUUAUCGAGGUUUAAGUUUGCAAACAUAAACUAUUUGAUAUAUACAUAGCACAAAAAUCAACCCUCCUGUUAGUAUCUAAGAGAACUAGCAGAACAUAUUUACAUGGAUAUUAAAAGCAUUUUCCUGCAAUUCAUUUUUAAAGUAGUUUUGAUUAAUGUGAUUAUUUUAUAUUAUUCUUGCAAUUUUAUCAUAUAAAAAAUUACUUGUUCCAUCUUAAUGCCUAGAGAAUACUUUUAAAAUCAGAAAGGAAUAGAUAUACAUUCUAUAGAAAUAUAUGUGUUUGACUGCUUCUUGUCGAUGUCAGCUGUGGCAUUAGUGAAUAGUAACCCAUUAAUUGUCCCUUGUUUAGCUUCUUUGAAUUGCUCAAUGCCAGUUUCUGUUUCUGCAGUGGAGAGGGCUCUAUUUAUUGCUGUCCACAUUUUAUUUUCAUCAUAAAGCAAUACAUAAACAAACAGGAAUUCAGUAAUUAAAGCUCCCCAUCCCCAUAAAAGCAGAAACUCUUGUUGGGGCAAUUCAGAGAGGGUUAUGCAAGGCCAGGGGCAAUUUGGCCAUUCGUCACGAAUGCUCCCACCAGGAUCAAUAAAACUGACUGAAUGUACAAACAAUAAACUUUUUAUUGAUGCUGCCAAUGAUCUUUAC